GGGAUUGUUAGACCAAUCCAUCUACGAUGUCACUGCUCGCACCUAUUAUCUGUGAUAAUGGAACAGGCUACUCGAAAGUAGGGUUCGCUGGAAACUCGGACCCGUCAUACGUCUUCCCCACUGCCAUCGCUACUCGCGGCCCUGCCUCGCAGCCGACCCGAGGUGGACCGCCCAUCCCCGCCAAGCCAGGCAACCUCGCGUCCAAGCGGGGUGUCGAGGAUCUCGACUUCUUCAUCGGAGACGAGGCCCUUGCCAACGCGAAGACUCCAGGAUAUGGCGUGCACUAUCCCAUCCGACAUGGGAUGAUCGACAACUGGGACCACAUGGAGCGGUACUGGGAGCAGACCAUCUUCAAGUACCUGCGCGCGGAGCCGGAGGAUCACUACUUCUUGCUGACCGAGCCACCCCUCAACCCUCCCGAGAACCGUGAACAGACUGCGGAGAUCUUCUUCGAGUCGUUCAACAUCAAGGGUCUCUACAUCGCCGUGCAAGCCGUGCUCGCUCUCGCCGCCUCGUGGACAUCCAACAAGGUCACCGAUCGCACUCUAACCGGCACCGUCAUUGACUCGGGCGACGGUGUCACGCACGUCAUCCCCUGCGCGGAGGGCUAUGUCAUCGGCAGUGCGAUCAAGCACAUCCCCAUCGCCGGGCGCGAUAUCUCGCAGUUCGUCCUGAACCUCAUGCGCGAGCGCGGCGAGAUGGCGAACGUGCCGCCCGAGGACCAGCUCCGGGUCGCGGGCAAGGUGAAGGAGAACUACAGCUACGUCUGCCAGGACAUCGUCAAGGAGUUCCGCAAGUACGAUGCAGACCCGUACCAGUACUUCCAGAGGUACGAUGGAGAGCACAGCGUUACUGGGCGGAAAUACUCCGUCGACGUGGGCUACGAGCGUUUCCUUGCACCUGAAAUCUUCUUCAACCCCGAGAUAUUCUCUUCUGACUUCCUGACUCCGCUUCCUGAGAUCGUGGAUGACACUAUCCAGGCUUCGCCAAUUGAUGUGCGCCGUGGCUUGUAUAAGAACAUCGUUCUUUCUGGUGGAUCAACAAUGUUCCAGCACUUUGGCCAACGUCUCAAACGUGACUUGAAGCAGCUGGUGGAUCGGAGAAUUGAAGCUAGCGUGGUUGCGAGUGGAAGCAUGCAAAAGUCUUCUGGUGUGGAAGUGGACGUCAUUUCGCACAAGCGCCAACGAUACGCUGUGUGGUUCGGUGGCUCAUUGUUGGCAUCGCUGCCCGACUUCUACACUUCAUGCCACACGAAGGCGCAGUACGAUGAGAUUGGACCUAGCAUUUGCAGACGGUACCAGAUCUUCGGUAGCGCGACGUAGCCGACGUAGUUUUUGCACUGACCUCUUAUCCGACUUGUGUGGGCACGGUUGUGUAGAAUUAGCGAACGAUGGGAAACGUUGUAUGACAUUCACAGCCCGCAUAAACGUAC